AUGGAUCAUGAAGCAUUAAAAGUUAAAGGAAACGAUGCCUUUAAACAACAAAAUUAUCAUGCUGCAAUUCAAUAUUUCACUGAAGCAAUUGAAGCAUCGAAUGGAACUAUAGCUGUUUAUUAUGGAAAUAGAGCGGCGGCACAACUCGCUAUUGGAAGCAAGAGUUCGUUGGCAGAGGCAAUCAAGGACAGUGAGAAAGCGGUCGAGUUGGAUAAGAAUUUCAUUAAGGGAUAUACACGUGCCUCGAAGGCAUUCGUUCAACUCGGUAAAUUCGAUCAGGCACAAACAGUAAUUGUCAGUGGUUUGAUAGUGGAUCCACGUAACAAUGAACUGCUGGCAGAGAAGAACAGCAUCGAAUCGGUCAAGCGUCAAUUCCAAGCGGCACAAGACAACAGCGCCACCAACCCAACACAAGCACUCAACCAAAUCGAAUCUGUAAUACAACAAGCGAAAUACUAUACACCAGCCAUUAUCUUAAAGGCCAAACUUUUACUUGAAUCGAAACAAUAUUCAAAAGCAUCAACUCUUGUUGCUUCACUUUUACAAGAAGAUCAAACACAACCAGAGUAUUUAUAUUUAAGAGGUAUGGCUCUAUAUUAUUCAAAUAGUUUACCAUCGGCAGCACAACAUUUCCAAAAUUCAUUGGUAUACGAUCCAGAUUAUGCACCAAGUAGAGUUGCUUUAAAGAGAUUAAGACAAAUUGAAUUAAAGAAGAAAGAAGGUAACGACGCAUUCACAAGUAAGAAUUAUACACAAGCCUACCAGUUAUUCAGUGAUGCAUUGGAGAUUGAUCCAAAGUUUGAUUUAAUGAAUGCACAAUUAUAUAAUAAUAGAGCUGCUGCUGCUGUACAAUUAAAUAAAAUAACAGAUGCAAUUGCAGAUUGUACAAAAGCAAUCGAUUUAGAUCCAAAUUAUGUAAAGGCAAUUUCAAGAAGAGCUCAAUGUUAUAUGAAGGAAGAGAUGUACGAGGAUGCAGUGAGAGACUACGAGAAGGCAAAGAGUUUGGAUCCAGAGAAUGCUGAUAUCCACAAUAAUCUCAAGCAGGCAAAGAUCGACUUGAAAAAGUCGCUCAAGAAGGAUUACUACAAGAUCUUGGGUGUUUCCAAGGAAGCCAACGAGUCAGAGAUCAAGAAAGCCUACAGAAAGUUGGCACUCCAAUACCACCCCGAUAAGAACAGCACACUGCCCGAAGAGGACAAGCUGAAAGCGGAGCGUCUGUUUAAGGACGUCGGUGAGGCGUACAGCGUGCUAAGCGAUCCAAAGAAGAAACAGCGUUACGACCUCGGUCAAGACGAGAACGGCAUGCCGUUCGACAGCGAGGGAUUCUCGGGAUUCGGCGGUGGCGGUGGUAUGGACUACUCGAACAUCUUCAACAUGUUCAUGCGUGGUGGUAUGGGUGGUGGCGGUAUGGGUGGAAUGGGUGGAUUCCAACAGCAAGGUUUCGGAGGUGGCGGUGGUAUGCCAUUCCACUUCCACGGUGGUGACGACGACGAUGAUUUCGGAGGUUUCGGUGGUGGACAUCCAUUCGGUGGAGGUUUCAGACAGCAACAUUCACACCAACACCAACACCAACAACAACAGCGUGGUGGUUCAAAGAGAAGCAGUAGCAGCCAAGGACAAUCAGGUUUCAGAUGGGGUUAA